ACAGUAUAUAUUGUACCGCGUUACUUAAAGUGUUAUAUAAACACUUGAUUGUUAUUUAUCGUUGUCCAUAUCUUACACAUAAACGUGUAUCUUUGUAUCUUAUCUUUGCGGCUCGAAGACGAUUCUUCAGUGGAAGCUUUCUACUUAUUAUCAUCACAAUGGUGAAUGAACACAAAUAUAACAGCAUAGAGUAUCAUAUUCAGCACGAGCUAACUAGUGACGAUAAAGAAUAUGCAGCGACACAUUUGAACGAAACCGAUGAGACUAGAAAGACCACUAUUGCGGAGAUCAGACGCUGGAUCAAUGACGAAAUGCACGUACAAAUUGAUGAUUUCCUUAUCUUGCGAUUCUUGAGAGUCUGUAAGUUCAGUCUCGAGAAAACUAAAACCAGGAUGCGAAACUAUUAUAAGCUGCGAUCUGACUUACCUGAAUGGUUUACAAAUACAGAUCCGUUUCAACCGGAAUUACAAGAGUUAAUUAAUAUGGGCUUGUUUUUACCCUUGCGGAAACCGGAUUGUCAUGGCAGAUUGGUCAUCAUUAUGCGCACUACUUUACAUAAUCCGAGAAUACACAAAUUAUCAGAUAUAAUUAAGAUCAGUGCGAUGUUGAUGGAGCUGGCGAUGAAGAAUCGCGCCAUAGCCGCAUCAGCGUCUGUGUAUGGUUGCACAUUGAUCAAUGACGCGAUUAACCCAACUAUAUAUCACUUUUUUCAAUUUGGACCUUCUGCAUUAAAGAAAAUAGCACACACAUGUCAGAACUGCUAUCCUAUAAGAAUACAGUCGAUAAACGUAGUUAAUGCACCGAUGUUUGUAGAGAGUGGUUUCAGAAUUCUUAAAUCUUUCAUGUCGGAGAAAAUGAGCAAUAGAUUUCACAUCAAUCGAUACAUGCUGCCCAGUUUUUUUAAGGAUGUUCCAGCUAAUAUCUUGCCAAUCGAGUAUGGUGGCACUGAUGGUACAAUUCAGGAAUUAUUAGAAUAUUGGAAGAAAUUGAUCGAAGAGAAUCGCGACUGGAUUACAAGAGAAUAUAGUUACAAAAAUCAUAGAAGUUCUAUGUUAUGUAACGUGUUUAUCGAUAAUCUUAUUCCAUAUGUAACUAUUCAUCUCUACUCAAUUCGCGGCUCGCUGAGUUCCUUCGCAGCAGUGUAUAAAGUUCUUUGCAUGAUGGCAAACGCAUCUAGCUACGACGAUAGUGUAAAUAAGUGUUACGAUCGACAUGAGUUAACUAGUGAGGAUAAAAGGUAUGCAGCGACAUAUUUGAACGAGACCGAUGAGACUAGAGAGAGCGCUGUCGCGGAAAUCAAACGCUGGAUCGAGGAAAGCGACGAUAUACACGCCCGAAUGGAUGAUUUCCUUAUCUUGCGAUUUUUGAGAGUCAGUAAAUUUAAUAUUGAGAAAUGUAAAAUUAGGAUACGAAACUGUUACAAGCAGCGAUCCGAAUUGCCGGAAUGGUUCACGAAUACAGAUCCAUUUCAACCAGAGCUGCAGGAAAUGAUUGAUUUGGGUUCAGCUUUGCCUCUACGGAAGCCAGAUAAUCAAGGAAGAUUAAUUGUUAUUGUGCGCUGCACGCGGCAUGAUCCGACAAUACACAAAAUGUUAGAUUUAAUUAAGAUGAUUACGAUAGCGUUGGAUAUAGCAAUGAAAUAUUAUCCCACAGGAUCCGUGUAUGGUUAUGCAUUAUUUAUAGAUACAUCUAAUCCAACUUUACGCCACAUUGCUCAACUCCGACCAUCCCUAUUAAUGAAUAUAGUUCACAUGUGUCAGAAGUGCUAUCCCGGGAGGGUCAAGUCAAUUAAUGUAUUUAAUGUGUCAGAAAUCUUUAAUGGUAUUUUGCAAAUUUUUAAAUCUUUUUUGACGGAGAAAAUGAAGAAUAUAUUUCACGUCUACUCAUACAAAACGACGCAGAACUGUUUCAAGGAUAUUCCAGCUAACAUCUUGCCCGUCGAGUAUGGCGGCACUGAUGGUACAAUUAAAGAAUUAACAGAAUAUUGGAAGAAAUUAAUCGAGGAGAAUCGCGAAUGGCUUAAAAAAGAUGAUGAUAACGAUAAAAUCGCUAUUUGGAGGCGUUAGAUUUAAAAACGACAAAGAAACUAAUAAAGGAAAGUAUAAAGAGAAGAAAUAUUCCUGGGUUUCCCUAAAAUUUUCAUCCAUUCGACUGAAAUGUGACUCAUGUUAAAACCAAUUUGUCUCAUUUACAUUAGAAUGCCGAUAUUAUUAAUGUGGAAGUGAUUGUUAAUU